AUCUGUCAAAUUCUAUUGGAGAAUUCAUAUUGCUGGAACGCAGUGCUGCGAAAAUGUGUUGCGAAGGGAAGCGUCCCCUUCGCACGCUACGGUGCGCCUUCUUCGCACUCAAUGCUACUGCUCCGUCUAUCGGUGUGAAGGCGCGUCGCCUCGCCGAGCGAGAAAGAGAGCGGAGAAGGCGCGUGGAGGGGAUGCUUCCCCUCGCACGUUACGGUGUGCUCAGGCACAUUUUCGCAGCACUGCUUGAACGUCAUCUGACGUAUGUAAAUGUGUGCACGCUGAGCACGAGAGCGUCUGCUAACGUUUAUGUUACUGCGCAUACGCAUGUGCGAAUUGUCUCACGCUAUUUUUCUACUUUACGAAGCAUCAGACAUCUGACAAACUCUAUUUCCGGCGGUCUGUCUUACUUAUGUGACAGAUCGUAUAAACUCGACAGUGGUUUUUAGAGCAGGAAUGUGUCUUUAGAUGUACGAGUAGUAUUAACCAUAUUUUCAAGAUGUUCAUCUGUAGAUAGUAUCGGCAUAAAAUGAACAAAAACAUGAACUCGCCGUCAAAACUCACGGAGUUCGCUCCGUUGAGUCCCGAGGAGAGCCAACCUGUCGUAGCGUCCCUCUUUUCCAGGUUCUUCAACUUUGCUAGAAAUUCAUCGGGCAUCAAUGAUCCUACAGUAUCCUCGAAUAACGAUGAACGUAGCUCUUCUGACUCUGAAUCAUGGAAGCAAUCAGAAAGUACAGAACGGACUCCUGAUGAUGAUAGCACCAGCAUAAUAAAUUUUCCUUUAGAUACUCACGAGGGUCGUAGUUUACCAAAUGUCCUGAAACGUAUCAGCAAUAUAGUAGCAUUAAAGAGCAAUAACCUACGUUCGUAUAAAGAUUCUCAGUUAAGAAGCUAUUGGAUGCCAGACAGUGUGAGCAAGCAGUGCUAUGAGUGCGGUGAAAGAUUUACUACUUUUCGAAGAAGACAUCACUGUCGUGUGUGUGGCCAAAUUUUCUGCUCCAAAUGCUGCUCUGAUCAAAUACCAGGGAAAAUCAUGGGAUGCACUGGAGAUCUCAGAGUUUGUACAUAUUGCUGUAAAGUGGUCCUUUCUUAUCUGCAGUCGUCAGACAUGAGAAGCGAUUUAUCAGCGGAUUUGAAAGCACUGCAGGAAGAUCUUCAAGUGAAAUAUGGAAAUAAUUCGCCGCUGUUAACUCGGAAGCAUACGAAUGAAUCGAUGGGAGACGAAACGUUGAUAUCUCGAAAACCAAGCGUGGGAUAUAUGGAGGAAAAUUAUGCGAUCGGACGAUCAGGUAACAGUUAUUUAACGUCGCACGAACGUAGUCUCGUAUUACAAAAUUCGGCUUCCUUACGGAUGAUCUGUGAGGAAUUAUUCCGAUCUGGUCAAGCUAUUCCUUUACAAACACAUAGGAUCCGACUGAAAAGUUAUCACAAUUGUUUCCUGGCGAACGAGCUGGUGAAUUGGAUGAUAGCUCAGAAUAAAGCAGCCACGCGUGUGCAGGCAACAGCGAUUGGUCAAGCAUUACUAGAAGCUGGUUUUAUCGAGCCGGUCGUCGCUGAUAAUGUAUUUAGCGAUACAGCAACAAUAUUUAAACCGGUACAAUUAUCUUCUCUACAAAGUAUAGAUCUGUUAACAGAGAAGCAAACGACGUGCGAUGCUCAAGAACCAGCAUGGGUGAAGACUAUUCCUCAGCAUGAUUCCACUACCGAUUCCGAAAGCGAAACAAAACCGACGACUUCGAUACCCUUUGGUCGUGUACCUUCGAAUAUCGCACAAUCGACUUUUGGUCGUUUACCUUCGUCCAGUUCAAGCUUUUAUUUAGAUUUGAACUUGGAGGCAUCCACAGUUACUUUGAAGAGACCGACCUCGGAAGACCUGACCACGAUUUCCAUAGACAGUAGCGACGGAAUAGUUGAGCAAAAAGAAAUUAGUUUCACAAAAACGCACGAUUGCAACCUCAAGAUGUGUGACGAUCUUUUAAGCGAUACGCUUCAGGUGCACGAAUUCAAGGAAAAGAACGGUUGGCAUAGAGCGACCAACUUGAGGACAGUUUUCGGCGAGUUGAACGCCUACGAAUGCUUAACGUCCGCAUACAAAGCGCAUGAAGAUUCUCUUAUCAAGCAGCUGCUUAGCAAGGAGGGCUUGUCGCAGACGUGGUCUAACACGAUUUUGUCUGUCGCGCAUCAGAUCGUCGACCACGUUCGUCCAGAUUUGAAUCAUGACGCCGACAAUAUAGACAUUCGACAAUACGUGCAGUUUAAGAAAUGUCCCGGUGGUAGUAGAGACGACUGCGAGAUUGUGUCCGGCGUGGUUUGCAGCAAGAAUAUCGCUCAUCGCGGCAUGAACGCCAUGAUCGCACAUCCAAAAAUCUUAUUGCUGCAAUGCGGACUGAUGUAUCAGCGUGUGGAAGGCAAGUUAUUGAGCUUGGAGCCUGUAAUGAUGCAGGAAAGCGAAUACUUGGGACAUACCGUAGCGAGAAUCACUGCUCUGGGUCCAGAUGUGGUGCUCGUGCAUCGAUCUGUGUCCAGACUCGCCCAGGAUAGGCUGAGGGAAUGCGGCGUAACUUUAGUAUUGAAUGUGAAACUUAGUGUGCUCAAGAGAGUCGCGCGUUGCACUGGUGCUAGUAUCGUAAACACUAUAGAUGCGCACAUAAGUGCCAGGUACAUGCUUGGUACAUGCAAGAAGUUUUAUUUGAGGGAGUUCCCGGAUGAGCGAAGAGGUGUCAAGACCUUAAUGUACUUCGAAAGUUGCGCAAAUCCACAUUUGGGUGCGACGAUUCUGCUGCGAGGUGGCUCUCAAGUUGAAUUAAAAAAAGUGAAAAGCGUCACUUCGAUGAUGAUUUUCGCGGUUUACUCGUGGCGUCUCGAGAAAUCAUUUCUUAUGGACGAAUUUGCUAAACCACCGUCACCAAAGGACAAUUCCUUUCUGGAUGAGACGUCGCAGAAAGAUGUUUCGCCGAAACUGGAGCAGACCGAGGAAAUUGAAAAUUACGUUGUCGACGAGCACCAAAUUCAGAUGGUGGAGACAAAAAUAUCGUCGGAAAUAAACGAGGAAUACGUCGACAGCGCGUUUGACGAUGGGCAACAAAGCACACGAAAUGCUCAUGCGACUAAUCAGAACACGGUUGCAAAAGACGAGAGCAGCAUUUAUUCCUCUGAGAAUAUAUUAGCUUCCGACUCCUUGCGAGAAGUAUCGUCGAUGCUGUCAGAGGAUUCCGAUCCUUAUGAUACUUUAAAGUUGUUCAAGACGAAAUGUAAACAAGCAAUUCCGCACGACUCGAAGGAAACCGCGUCGACGUCAACGACGCGCGAGAAUGUCACUCCACGUAACGACAGCAAAAUCAAGGACGACACGUUCGCUUUCAUUACAGACAAUACCACGGAGGAACACGAUAAUACCGCAGAAUUGUUCGGAAACAAGGAACCGUGCGCCGAACACAAAAUCGAAGAGUCAUUCGACAGAAGCAAAUUAAUAAAAGACAGAUUAUUGUCCGAGGAGAAGCGUAUCUACGGGGAAUCGAUAAGCGACUGGAGCGAUCCAUUGCACCAGUACCUCAACGAAGAGGACGAAGAGGGGAACAUGCUAGAUCGCACCAGUCCGAACGGCCAAUGCUUGAGCGUGGCUGACUUUCCGCUGUUCAACAAGUUCAAGAAGUCGCUUGAGGGCACAGUACUGAGCGUGUCGCCGUACCUCAAGUUCUCCAUACCAUACUUGGAGACUGAGCUUGGCAGGAACUGCCUGCUGAGAAGCUUUUUCCCGCGGGAGAUCUAUUACUCCGCACAAUUCCUCGAUAAGAUGAAGGAGAUCCGCACGAACAGCGUGGGCAUGAAUGAGCAGUACACGUCGGAAAAUCCGCGGGCGAACAUGCGACUCAAGCCUCAGCAUCCGUUUGUGCAGGCACGACUCACCAGCUACGAUAGUCGUGACGUGCAAAACAUGCUGGCGAAUUUCCGCGCGUGCGGCAGCCGGCUCUAUCCGACGCACAACGUGCUGCAGCAACAGCCCUCGUCGAUUACACCGGUCGAGAGUAACAACGAACAGAACGCUGUAACCGGUAACGGUGUCACCAACGGUGCUGUGAACGUUUGCCCCGACUGCUUGGACCCCAGCAGUCAUCAGCGCCUGUCCGUGCUGUUCUGCAGCUUCUCGCACACUGGCAACGACACCCCGGCGUUCUGCGUGAAUCCCUGGGUCGUCAACAUGGACAUGUACGGGCAGAACGACAUCGCACUUGGCCGAUUUCUCGAACGUUAUUGCCUCACUACCGAAUACAAAUGUCCGGCGCAGGCAUGCCGCGCGCAAAUCUCCCAACAUGUGCGUCGUUUCGCGCACGACGGCGGCUGCGUGCAUAUCAGCCUGAGCGAGAUGAACUCCGAGCCGUUCGUCCAAGAGAACGACGACCAGAUCCUCGUGUGGAGCAAAUGCGUGCGCUGCAAAAGCGUGUCACCCGUGGUGCCGAUGUCCGGCGAUACGUGGUGCCUGUCGUUCGCCAAGUACCUUGAGCUGCGCUUCUAUGGCGGAGUAUAUACCAGACGUGGCAUGGAUGCGUGUCAGCACUCGUUGCACCACGACCAUUAUCAGUAUUUCACGCGCAAGAACAUGCUCGCCGUGUUCAAGUUCACGCGAAUCUCCCAGUGGGAGAUCUCGUUGCCGCCGCCGCUUAUAAACAUUAUUUAUGAUCCGAAACAGCACGCGAAUGUGAUCGAGGAGAUGAAGAGCCUGGCGCUGAAGGGCGACGAAGUGUUCUCGGCGAUCCGAGAGAAGUUCGCGCAGGUUCUGCAGGCGGACCUGGAGAGUUUAAAUAUCGCCAAGCAGCAGCUAACCAAGGAGCAGCAGUAUUUCAAGAACAAGAUCGAGGAGAUCCAGCUGAAGCUGACAUCGCCCACAUUGGAGAACAAGCGGCUCGAAGGCAAGACCUCGGAGAGACAAGUGCAAGCGCUCAUGUUCCGAAUCGAGGACGGUAUCGUGAUACUCAAACGACUCAUCUCCGAAGCUGUGUUCACCUGGAACAGCAAACUGUCAGAGAUAUCCACCAAGAGGAAGGACGAACGACCACGCAGAUUCACCGAGCGUUCCUUAACCGCAGGCAGCAAUAACAUGGUCGACACCGACGACUACAUCACCGAGGAUACCGCAUCGGAGUCGCAGCUUGAGGACCUGAGUCCGAUGUCGGCCGACUACAACGCUGUGGACGCGAUCGCAGCCAUGCAGGCCGACUUCCAGGCGUCGACCGAGUUGGUUGGGACCGAGCACUCCGACAACGAGUCCGCAAACAAUCCUGACGAGGCCAUCGCCGGAAAUCAAGGUUCGCCGAAAAUCCAUCAAAGAUCGCACUCCGACGUGUUGCCGCUCUCAUCGGAUGACAUAUCCGACAAGAAGAAGAAGAAGAAAACGAUCUUAUCUCAAUUGCUGCCGUCCGUUUCCGUGAAUCAUACGAUAAUGAAUCCUCUGGGACCUUUGGAGCACUAUCUUCUACCACUUGGUUCGGUCGUGCCUAUAGUUGUUUACGAGUCCGAACCCUCGUCCAUAAUCGCAUACGCACUAGACUCGCACGACUACAAGCACGCGUUGCAGGAGUUAUUGAGAACGACGAAAGGGUCAGAGUUCAAUUCCAGUCCACAGCCGAGCAGGCGCAAGUUGCCAGAGGGUAGGGACAGCUCGCUCGAUCUUGUGCAAUCAAACGAGUUCAAGCGACCGUCUGUAUUAUCCUUUUUCCGCGGCAACAGUCCCAAUCUAGCCAACAGUCCCAUCGAGUCCGAUAAGAAUGUAUCGGGAGUGGAGUCGAGUAACGCCGUCGCCGGCAUCGCCGAGCCCGUCGUCGCUGAUGAUGACAAGAGGACAAUUAAGCAACAGAACUACAUCGAGGUGCAGUUCAAUGAUGCUACCACCAAUUUCUUCUGCAGGAUAUAUUUCGCCGCGCAAUUCGCCGCUUUGCGGGAGAACGUUUUGCCGUGCGGCGAGGACGGCUACACGAGGAGUUUAAGUCGCAGCGUACAAUGGGCGGCAAAAGGUGGCAAGAGCGGCAGCGCUUUCUGCAAAACCAGAGACGAUAGGUUCAUCAUAAAGGAGAUGUCCCGACUGGAAAUGCAAAUCUUCCUCGACUUCGCACCGAAUUAUUUCGCCUACAUGGAAAAGUGCCAGCAAACUAAGCAGCCGACGUUGUUGGGCAAAAUAGUCGGCGUGUACAGAGUAUCGUUUAAAAACAAUACAACUAAUGCGGCGCUUCGUACCAGUGUGUUGGUAAUGGAAAAUUUGUUCUAUAACCGGAUCAUCACCGACAAGUUCGACUUGAAGGGAUCUAUGCGGAAUCGUCUGGUGAAUCCAGACGAGACGUGCCACGAGGGCGAACUCGUCCUGCUCGACGAGAAUCUGCUGAACAUGAGCUGCGACUCUCCCCUGUAUAUUCGCUCGCAUUCCAAAGCGGUGUUGAACCGAGCGAUCGAACAAGAUACCAAGUUUUUGGCGGACAACUCUGUAAUGGAUUAUUCCUUGUUGGUGGGCUUGGAACCAAGUUCCGACGAACUUGUGCUCGGUAUAAUAGACUACAUAAGAACAUUCACCUGGGACAAGAAGCUCGAGACCAUGGUAAAGAAGUCCGGCAUAUUAGGUGGUCAGGGUAAAUUGCCGACUAUAAUAUCACCGGAGGAAUAUCGCGCCAGAUUCAUAGCCGCUAUGCACCGUUAUUUCUUACCGGUGCCAGAUAGAUGGUCAGGUCUAGGAAAAGGUGUCGAGACAACGUCUUGAAUACUAUUCUCAAAGAUUAAGGAUACGCGAUUUUACACGUAUAUACAAAUACAAAACGUAUAUACAAAACGUUCCAUCACGUAAUCGAUGUAUAUAUCGAUGUAUGAUAUAUAUACAUUUUCUACACAUAUAUAUUAUAACGAUAAAACAGAUCGCAUAUUGCGUAUGUAGCUAUUAUAAUUUAAUACUUUAUACCUUAAUACGUGAUAAAAGAAAACGUGCUCGCGCGAGUACAAAAAGUGAUACGGUAGUUACCAGUUCUUAAUACUCUGCGACUUAUUAUUACGUGAAAGUUAUAUUACUAAAGUUACAUUUAAUUAUUAUAUCGUAAUUGUUUGCACAUUGGAGUAAUUUUCGUGGUUGUUCGCAGGAUAUGCCAUCUGUCCAAUAAGUUCGUAUAUAUUUAUUUUGUUUUGUUAAAAGUAAUGGUAUAUAUAUAUAUAUAUAUAUAUGUAUGUAUGUAUGUAUGUAUGUAUGUUUGAACUCGAUAGCAGUUAUCGUUAUUUAUCAAAAUAUUCCUUUCGAUUAACGUUUCUGUCUGGAAACCGGAAAAUCAUUAAGAAGAAACUGACGCGUGUUCUGAAAGGAAUAGCAGCUGAAAAAUUCCAGAAAUUUAGUGGAAGAAAUGUUGGAAUAAUUGUGCAAUUUCACGAAAAAAGUAUUUUGAGAUGCACUUGAUGUACCUGAUAAUUAAAUAUAUACUUUGUAAAAAUGAUCUAUGAACUUUUUGGGCAGAUCAUGCAUCAGAUAUACACGUUGCAUUACACUUAAAGUUACAUAUGUAUAUCUUUAUUUUUAUUACGAUUUAACAGCAAGUCUGGGGAUUUUUUUAGUUAUAAGUAGCACGAUUCAACACUCUGGAUGUUAAGCGCGUUUUACUCGAUUCUUAUUGAAUAACUUGUUUUUAUGGAAGUAACAACCCAUUAAAUUCAAACUAUUUUUCGUGAUUACAAAAAAUGUGAUCCCUUAAAUUUUACGUGUUAUGUAUAAAUGUAUAUAGUAAAUUUUUUUAUAUAACAUACUUUUUUUGAAACGACUGUUUCCAAACUAAAAUACAAAGGUUCAAGUGAAACUAAACUAAACUGCAAGGCUAAGAAAAAGCAUCAUUAUUAAUAUUUUAUUUAAUUCUUCAAAAUUAUGUACAUGAACAUUUUAUUUGUCUUUAAUAGUCAAAUAAACAAUAAUAGUAAUAUUAUAAUUUCAA